AUGGCUCAUUGGAAAUUAAAGCAGACGAAUUCAGUGGGACGGAAAGGAAGCUCUAUUUUAAUGGACACAAGGAUUCUGGAGAUAACGGGAAUAUCUGCUGAUGAUCUUGAAAAUGUAAGAAGGUUGGGGAGAAGGAUGCGCACUUACGCCCUUGUGUGCGCCGAUAAUGAUUUCUCGCACCCUGCAUUCACACAUGUUGACGCACAAGGAGGCUGCGAUCCUGUCUGGAACGACAAGUUACAGCUGAGCCUCAGCAAAGGAUCGCCCAUUGCUCUCAACAUACAAAUCUUUUGCAAGACGAAGUAUGGGAAGAGAAGCGUGGGAUGGAGUAGAGUGCCCCUCUCUGAAAUCUUGAAUGGAUUCGGACCUCCUCAUGGCUUGCAUUGCCUCAGCUAUCGUUUGAAGACGGGCAAAGGGAGGCCUCAUGGUACCAUCCAUUUCUCUCUUCGGUUCUUACAGCACGUUAAUCCCCCUCAAUUCUUCAUCAAUUCUCCAAUUUCCACCAGACUUCCACAGCAUGGGAGUUAUGAAAAUGCUUCUCGUAUUGAGCAGCAAAACACACCAGGGAGCACGAGUUUAAGUGGCGUGUCGAUGGGCUAUCCUUCCUCUACUCCAUUUGCCAACGCCAACAACUUAUAUCCUAUUCCACUCUCUGUUUAUCCACCGCCGCACCACAAACAGAUCUAUGCCACAAAUUAG